UUACUCUCUGUUACGCACUCUAUUUUUAGUCGUUUUCCAUUGCUAUUAAACCAAAUAAUAGCUAAGUCGUGCAUCGUCCUUAAUUUGUACUGUUUCAGAACCCGCAGUAAAAUUACUUUUUGGGUGUUUGCUCUGUAACCAGUAUUGUUCUUCAAUUAUUAAACAACGAUUGGUAGAUAUGUCGGAAAAAAUUGAACAUCUAAGUUCAUGGAUUAGAACACUGGACGUGGAAACCGAAUCGCCCAUAGAAGGGAUGAUAGUUGGUAAGAUUCCAGAAUGGUUGGAAGGUUCUUUAAUACGGAACGGUUCUGGAAUGUUUGAAAUUGGAGAAACAAAGAUGAAUCAUUUGUUCGACGGGCUAUCUGUUAUGCAUCGUUUUGCCAUCAAUGGCUACGGCGAAGGAAAAUCAACUUACCAGAACCGCAUUCUGCAGAGUGACACUUACAAACAAGCUAAAGCUGCCAAUCGGCUGACCAUGCAUCAGUUUGGUACGUUUGCAUUUCCCGAUCCCUGUCAAUCUCUGUGGGGAAGGUUUAUGGCACGUUUUGAACCAGUUACAAAAACGGAGAAAACGGACAACUGUUGUGUUAGCGUUUGUUAUUUAGGAGACAAACUUUAUGCCUUUACUGAAACUCCUCAAAUUCGCCAAGUUGACGCAGAAACUCUUGAAACCGUCGGAGAAAAGUGUAACAUUAGCGAACUAGUGGCCGUUAACCAUUCGACUGCUCAUCCUCACGUUCUUGAAGAUGGGACUGUUUAUAACAUGGGAAAUUCUGUAGGAUCAAAAGGACCCAUUUACAACAUCAUUGAAUUUCCCACGGGGGCCGGCGCAUUGGAGGGAGCGAAAAUUGUAGCAAGCUUUCCUUCACGCUGGAAAAUGAGUCACUCUUAUUAUCAUAGUUUUGGCAUUACGGAAAAUUACUUUGUUUUUCUUGAAUUUCCGUUGAUCCUAAACACGGCGAAGCUGCUAGCAAUGAAUCUAAGACAAAAGGCUGUUGAUUCAUCGUUGGACUGGUUUCCUACCGAAAAGACCCGUAUCCUUCUGGUGGAGAGAAAAAGUGGCGAACUGGUUGAUACGAUUUAUGAGGCUCCACCCUUCUUUUGCUUUCAUCAUGGAAAUUGUUAUGAGAAAAAUGGCUAUAUCAUUAUGGAUAUUUCACAUUGCAAGGACGCCACAAUUUUUGCUGGUUUGAGUCUGAAAAGCUUACGUGAGAAUAGAGGUGACUUUACGAAUACUUAUUACACCCGCUUCGUACUGCCGUUAGGUGUUGAGCCUCCUAUAGGUAAUGAUUUUCAGGACUGCAAAAAUUUAGUAGAAGUGGAGGGAUCAAAAUGCAAAUCAUACUGGCAAUCAAAUAAAAUCAUCUUUUGUGAGCACGAACGUUUGCUGGAACAAAGCUUGGAACUUCCACGAAUAAACUACUCGAGAAAUGGAAAGGAGUAUAGAUAUGUCUACGGAAUUUCGCAAUUGGACGGUUACGCCGAACCAGAAAAGAUCUUAAAAUUGGACCUGAAUACCAGAGAAGUAAAACAAUGGGCUAAAGCUGGAUUUAGUCCGUCUGAACCUGUUUACGUUUCGCGCCCUGAAUCCAUUGAGGAGGAUGAUGGAGUCCUUUUAUUUUCUGCAGUAGAUCAGGUUAACCCAAAGAAAGUUUUACUAAUAAUUUUAAAUGCCGCUACAUUCAAGGAAGAAGCUGUGGUAGAAUACGUAGCAUCUGGGAUAAUAACAAAAGAUUUCCAUGGCAUAUUCUCCCGAAAGGGGGACGUAGUUCAUGGUUACUGACGUAAGCCUGCCCAAAAUAAUUCCUGUUCAGAGAUUUUUUUCUUCUUUUAUUUUUAUUUUUAUUUUCUUUUUCUUUUUCUUUUGCCUUUUGCUUUUCAAUAAUGUUCGGCUUUUCAAGCGAAUGUUUCGCUUGUUGGCUCUUCCAAGUUCCAACUAACAUUGGCAUUUACAAUUAACAAAGUAUGAAUUAUACAUGUGAUUUCUUUUGGCAAGGGAGAUUGAGGUUCGAAAAUGUCGGUAUCAUGAAAUGCCAAAGACAUAAAACAAAUGUUAUUCCUCCAUUUAACAAUAAUGCGUUAUCAGGAAGAAAACGUCAGCACUAAACCCUUUCAGUAACGACACAUGUUGUUAUUUGAGACAUUUACCAGCUUUUUGGUUAAGGAGUAUGGGAUUUUACAUACUUAUGUGUCACUGCGCUUUACCUAAUAAACGCUACAAAAGUUCUAA